CCUAGAAGCUACGUUUCUCUAUAAGAAGAAAGAAGCCAACGCAUCCACCCAAAAUUCAUUUCUUUUUUCUGCGAAUUCCUUUACAUUUCGGCUUUGGCGACCACCUCUCAUAUGUCUUGGUCGUCGUAAUGGCUUAUUAUUUAUGCUUCGCCGAUCAUCCUCUUCUAUAGCCACCUAUAAACUCCUUUAUCUAUAAGCUGUUCACAAGUAAAGGUUGCUUGUUACUGACCUGCUGUCAGUAUAUAACAUGCCUAAAGACAGAAGAGAACGCUCCUUAUCCCUGGAUAGCUCAAGGCUAUCCCCUUUCCCUUGUAGCUCUGGUUGUUCUAAACAGUUCUUGCCUGUAGACCCCCUUGAAGAUGAGAAGAAUAUGAAAGAAUGGGAAGAAGCUAGAUGUCCAGUUUGUAUGGAACAUCCACACAAUGCUAUUUUACUUAUCUGUUCGUCCCAUGACAAAGGAUGCCGUCCUUUCAUGUGUGACACAAGCUACCGCCACUCGAACUGCUUUGACCAGUUCCGGAAGUCAUUCAAUGAUUCUUCAGAAGAGAUACUUAGGGAUCAAGGUGUACAGGACUUGGCAUCUCCAUUGCUGUCUGCCCCACCUUUAUCUGAGAGUGCUGUACCUGAACUUGAAGGGGAGGGAAAUUUGGAUGGAUCGUUGUCCACACUUGCAGAGUCUUUUGAGAAGGCAGUUAAGCCGGAACUACUCUGCCCUCUUUGCAGGGGACAAAUAAAUGGUUGGACGGUUGUUGACUCAGCCCGCUGUUUUAUGAAUACAAAAGCAAGAAGCUGUGCCAGUGAGACAUGUGAUUUCAGUGGUACAUACAAAGAUCUCCGGGUUCAUGCAAGAGCUGUGCAUCCCCUUGUAAGGCCAACUGAUGCUGAUCCCCAGAGGCAAGAUAACUGGAGGAGAUUAGAACGGCAAAGGGAUUUAGGAGAUCUACUUAGCACUCUUCAAUCUUCAAUUGGAGAAGAGAGAAGUGGGGAAAGCACCUUAACUGUUGAUGAUGGUGGCUGGCUGACUGUCUUCUUCCUUGUCCGAUUAAUUCGUCCACGAAACUCCACCACCCGAACUAGAACCUCAAGAGCUCGUGCUCAGGUGGCUGUGCGAAGACCAUUGAGACUUUGGGGUGAGACAUAUGAUGGGGUAGCUGAUUCCAUUGAAGAAGGUAAUGAAUCUUCUGACAGUGGUCAAACUACCACUCGUAGGAGGCGCUAUGUCAGAAGACGCCUAAAUGACCCCGGUGACAACGAGUGAUUCAGCAACCUGGAGCUCAGGGAGGUUCAAGGACAUGGAAUCGAUGGCUCCGCAUUGCUGUUAAUCCUUGUUGUAGGAGUAUUUCAUAAUAUUUGGUUAAUUAUGCUUUUACCAUCUUUCCCCAUCAAUUGUUGUAGUAUUAUUUAUACUUAAAGCUGAAUUACAAAUUGUUUUCCCCCUCCUUUUCCGGCAUCAAUGUAAUAUAUUGGAUCAUAUAUGUAAAUAAAAAGGUGAAAGUUGAUUA